AUGGCAAAGCGCAAGACGGCCCCGUCUCCACCACCCCCCAGCACCCCCACCCCCUCGUCCCCCAUCCCACCCAAACGCGCCCGUCGGUCGGGCAAACGUGCCGCCGAAACACUCGAGACGGAGGCGGCACGUGAGGAUGAUGACGACAACGACUCGGACGCGGUGAGCUCCGGUACACCUUCCGCGUCGUCGGCGUCGACGGUCGAGUACUUUCCCGCUGUGAAGGGCAAGGGGAAGGGUGGCAACGGCAAGAAAGCGGCUGCGGGCCGUGCGGCGUUGGCUCAGGCUGGGAACAAGGGCAGUAAGAAGAAGGUCGUGCCGGAUACUGUCGACGUCGCGGCCAAGGUGUCCAGCACUAAACCGAAGCCUGGGAAGAAGGGCGUGCAGAAGCGCAAGACAGUCCCCAGCGUCAAUGAGGAUGCGGUCGUCGAGAUAGACGUCCACGCUGAGGGUCAGCACGGAAAAAAGGUCACAAAGAAACGCAAGAAUGUCCCAGCCCCAGCCGCCGUCACCGAACCCGAUGCCGACCCCGAGCAGGCCGCAGAUGGGAUCGAGGAUAUACCCGUGACGACGCCCAAGACGCCCCGCGGCGGACGCGGAUGUGGGCGUGGCCGUGCGCCCGCUGGAGUUCGUGCCACGGCGAACCGGCCUGCGCCCAAGAACACCAAGGUCAAGGGGCCCAAGGGCGCUCCUGCCCCCGUCGCAACGCCGAGUCUAUCAUCAUCGCCUAGCUCCAAACUCACCUCGCUUCCUGACUCUGUGGAAGAGGUCAAGAAUCCCAGAGUGUCCGAGUUGAAGAAUUCCAUAGACCCCAAGCAGGAAGAAAGUGACGACAGCGACGGCGACCCCACUACCAACCUCAAGACCUUGGCACACUGGGCCGAGAACGUCCAACCAAUGCCGCCUUCCCACUCGCAGCCGCACUACUACGGGGAGCCUGUGUCAUACGCGAGGCCGAGUAUGGCCAACCGGCGUUUUCAUUAUCUGCACGACGCUUCCGCCCAUGUGGCCCCGGCCCAAGCCCAUUUUCAACUGGCCGCCAACCCACCUCGUCCACUGCCGUGUCCUAGCCAAGUCCAACCUCUCCAGGCUGCACACUUGGACUUCGGAUUAUCCCCCUUCAAGUUUACCACACCCUUCUCUUCAUACUUCGCCCAACCCGGCGGAGGCAUCCAAGCCAUUGAGGCUCGACGCACCUCAGCACGCGAAGUAGCACAGGAAACCUUCCGAAGCGAAGUGCACAAGAUUCGCCUCGAAAUGCAGCAUCGCCUCCAGAUCGCGAGCACACAGCGGCAGCAUAGCCUUCAACGUGCCGGGCAGCAGUACAAUUACGAGAUGAGGAUUCAUAGCCUACAGGAGAACCAACACACUCUGAUUCCCAACGCACGCUGGUUCAACAGUCCGCCAACUGGUUACCACUUGGCUGAGCUCGAACACCAGACGGCCACUCAGUCUCUUCUCCAAGAGCCCUUCCACCACAGGGUGCAGUAUGGGCACAUGACAGCCAUUGAGGACGAGGCCGGACCAUCCAACGUCAAGGCUCACGGGAACGGGUCGUCUCCCACAGUUGCUAGCCACGCACUCGCUGGCGAAGCACAUGGCCGCGAUCGUGCCGACAUGCUCAACGACGAGAAGGAUUCGUUUCAGGAACUCGUCAAGCAGAUCAACACAUUCCUGCACGACAAUCAGCUCAACUUGAACGAGAUGGUAUGGUCCCAGGUACUCCAGAUUGAGCCCAUCGCCGAGCACCUCGCCUUCUUCCGCAAAUACGAAGCCCUGUUCAUUGCCGAAAUAGUUCAGCUGCAGCACAUCAAGGUCAGCCCCGACGACCGCGAGGCUGCCCGCGUAGAAGCCUUGCAGAACCACCGUAGCCUGUCUGAGCGUCUCUCGGAAGAAACGGAGGGGGAGAGCCAGGCCGACAACACACCUGGCCCCUGCCCCUUGCCUGCCACGAGGCGUGUUGGCGAGGUCAAUGCCAAAGCCGCAGGAAAGGGCAAGGGGAGGGCCAGGCCCAAGGCUGCGUCGAGGGGAUACCUGCCCAUCCCGGCUACUCCUGGCCUGAUCAAGGCUGCUGAGGAUGCCACCAACCUCAUGAAUGAGACGCGGAGGAGGACAUCCUUGGAGGAGCCCAAGACGAGUAUUCCGGUGGAGCAGCCUCCGCCGGGUAAAAAGCAAAAGCGUAUGAAGUGA